CAGUACGUCGAAAACAGGGAAUUCACUCCGGUAUUUUCUGUAGGUAGGUUGCCCAGACCAUUGCGUUCUCCGGUGAUGAUGUUUUCACUAUCGUCCACUUCUGUUGACACCUGACCCGCUGCCUGACCUCACUGACCUGUUGACACGUGAGCAUCAUGGACUUGGAGCCUCCUGUACUUCAUGUAUGUGUGGGAGGGAGGAGCUUGUAUCUUCAUGUUGUGAGCAUCGCUGCCUUCAUUCCUGUACUUCAUGUAUGUGUGGGGGAGGAGCUUGCAACCUCCUGAUGUGAGCAUCGCUGCUGUUGUUGGUUCUUCACUCUCUCCUGCUAUAUAUCUCCCUCUCCACACGUGCAGACUACCAGCAGUUGUCAACCUCUCCUCGUCUCAGACGCUGCUUUCCUCGGGAUAUACUUCCACUAACAGCUUUCUCACAAAGAUCAUCUGCGGGUUGGACAUACAGGUGCAUUGCACUACUGGUACUUUCACAAGGGUUAUCUUGACCAUCCACAUCCAUCACCCCUUUAUUUAGUAUUGUUUGGAAGUGCUUUACCUACCCUCUUCACUGAUUUGGUCCACUACAGGCUGUCUUCUGUAUCUCCUCAUCACCUCCCAGAACUCCUUUGGUGGAUACAAUGCUGCUAUUCCUCUCAUUUCUCCUGUGGAUGUCUCCAUGUGUCCUUGCGAAGGAGACAGGAAGAUGCCCAGGUGAAGACAUUUUGUUGAAGACGUGGCACAAUGUAAGCUGCACGACGGACGACGAUUGCAAUCAACAACACGUCGCGUGCUAUGAUCACAGGUGUCGGUGUGCACCUGGCUACUUCUACACAACAUACGAUACAUGCUCUGGCACUUGCAGCACAGACGAGUUGCACAACACCUUUACAGAGUAUCCUGACAGCGCUAUACGUGCAAACCUCCUUAAUAUCUCGAAUGGACUCUGUCUGGAAGACUGCAGGGACUGGUGCCUGGCUGACAAGCGUUGCCUUACCUUCGAUUUCAAAGCCCACCGAGGUCUGUGUCUGCUUCAUAAUGUCACCGCUCAUGACUCUCCCUCCGACUGGUCUCCUAAGACGAGUAAAGGCUGGACCCACUACCAGAGAUCCUGCAAGUCCACUUUUGCCUCACACGAUAACUGGUACAACCUCCUGUGUAACAGCAAGAUGGACUGUGCAGACACAAACAGCGAUUGUUUGUCAGGCAGAUGUCUGUGCAAUUUAGGCUUCAACUUCAAUGAAUCAGAGAAGGAGUGUGUUGUUACAAAGCUGAGCAAGUGGCACAACACAAGCUGCACGACAGACGACGACUGCGAUGAGCCCCACUCCGUGUGCUACAAACACCAGUGUCGGUGUCACCCCGGGUACUUUUACACCACACAUGACACGUGUACUAGCACUUGCAGCACAAACGAGUUGCACAACACCUUUACAGAGUAUCCUGACAGCGCUAUACGUGCUAACAACCUUACUAGCUGGGAUGGAGUCAGUCUGAAAGACUGCAAGGACUGGUGCCAGGAUUACAGGCGUUGCCUCACCUUCGAUUUCAAAGCCCAUGGAGGUCUGUGUCGGCUUCAUGAAGUUACCGGUCGUCAGUCUCCCUCCGACUGGUCUCCUAAGACGAGUAAAGGCUGGACCCACUACCAGAGAUCCUGCAAGUCCACUUUUGCCUCACAUCAUAACUGGUACAACCUCCUGUGUCACAGCAAGAUGGACUGUGCAGACCCCAACAGCGAUUGUUUGUUAGGACGAUGUCUGUGCCAUUCAGGCUUCAACUUUAAUGAAAACGAGAAAAGGUGUACUGCUCCAGGGUCAUGUGAAGACUGGCAGGGCAAAGGAGGAAUUAGUGGUGUCUACACCAUUCAGCUAGCAUACAACAACGGACCAGUGGCAGUGUGGUGUGACAUGGACACUGCGGGCGGCGGCUGGCUGGUCAUCCAGAGACGUCGCGACUUCACAGUUGACUUCCACCGGAACUGGACAGAAUAUGUAAACGGGUUUGGUAACCUCUCUGGAGAUUUCUGGCUGAGAAUGUCCGCAAUUAGCAUACUAACAAGUAAUGGAGGAUAUCGCUUGAGAGUGGACCUCAUAGCUGAGUCCGGCAAACAGUACUGGGCUGAAUACUGGUUCCGUCUGUUUGGUCCUGAGUCUGACUACUUGAUUGAGUUGUUCAGCUACUCGGGUGACGCAGGAGAUGGGAUGAGAACUAAUUCGAGACACUUGUUUCAAACCUAUGACCGAAACCCGGACGGCUGUGUCACAUCUAGUAAGGGCGCCUGGUGGUACUAUCAAUGGCGUGGCUGUAAGGGCAACGCUAACCUCAACAGCCCUGAUAAACGUCACAUGACUUGGGGGACAUCGGCCGCGUGACAUUCUCGGAGAUGAAGAUGAAGCAAUGGCGAUGGUAACACCACCUUGUCUCCUGUACUCACUGCUUACACCGCCAGUCUACAGUUCACUACAGUUUCCACUGAUGAUGUAAGCUCAGUGUACAUUAAUCUUUCGCAAUAUUCUAGCAUCUGAACCUAGUACAGACUACUUACUGUACUUUAAUUGUUUACUUUGAGUAUAUUGCCUAGCGAUUCUAUUAUACACGUGUUGUAUUAUUUCUUUCAGAUUUGGAUUUGCUUAGAUAAACUAACAUGUUUACAAACGUAAAGUCUAAGUUUAAUUAAUUAAUUCAGCAUUUAAUUGUGCCUAGGUUGUAGUAAUCGUGUCAUGAACUGUCGCUAUACACCUGAUAGUUUAUAGUAAACGUGUCAUGAACUGUCAUGAACUGUCGCUAUACACCUCAUAGUUUAUGCAAUGUUGGCAGUUGACUCAGUGUGAAAAAGUUAACAAUCAUCCGAGAGUUUCAUUUUCAAAAUUAUGCAAAAACACGAAUACUCAUUGUAUCAAACAGUCCUGUUCAUUAUUUCCUUACUGACGAUGACUGAACAUGAUUCAGAUUGCUACAUUCUCUAAUUGUUUGGUAUUGAAAAGGGUUUAAGUUUAUUUAAUUGUAUUAUAUUGUCAAUACUUUACCAUAUUCUUAAGUUUGCUUUACUUAAGAAAAAACUGACAUUUUCACAAACCUAUGAGCGAAGCAUACUUUUCGUAGAAACAAAUAUAACUAUUGCGAAGAAUGAACAGAUAUUUUCAUAAAUUAUAAGUAGUAUUGUUGGUAUUUGCCGCUUUGACUAAAUGUGAUGACAUCACUAUUACCUCCCCUUUAAACUAAUGAUAACGGUAGUUGUUACAUCACAUCUAUUACUGAAUUGUAGCAAACAAAUAAACUAUUUUAAUAUUUGUUCUACACUGAAGAGCUCUAAUAGCAAGGCGCUAACAAAAUGGUGAACCACACCUGACGACACCUGUGUAUUCUCUGUGUAGAACUUCCACGAGAAACUUUCUUUUACCAUAUUGCAGUAAGAGCGAGGUUUCCAGCCCUCGUUGAUAUUCUUUAGUAACUGCUAUAAUUUGGCUUCUGCGGUUCAAUAUCGCCAUUUUUUUUGCUUGUGUAGUCUUUUAAAUUAUUUUGUACCCACUCAACUUUGGAGUGACUAUUUCCUGCACUGCCUUGCUGCAGACUGUUGUAUUGGAAAAUGUCACUUGAUGCUUUGCUUAAUAAGUAUUUGUCCUAA